AUGGACGUAUCCAUCACUCGCCAAAUGGCAAUGGACCAAGCACAUCACAAGGAAAUCAUCGCAGCAAUGGCAGCAUUGGGAGAAGAGUUCUUGAUGAGAGCCGCAAACAGAGAUGGAGAACCUGACAACAAAGCCUACAAAAAGUGGUCCAAGCAACAGAUCGCAAAGACCCAAUUUCAAGCGCUAGAACAAGCACUCAUGGCCACCUAUGUUGGACUGAAACAAGGAAUGGAGACGCCAAACCAACAACUGGCAAAACUCAACAUGAUCGGAUACGAAGGAGGCACGAUGAUGUACGACAGCGUGGCUACUUUAUUUGGCAGAAUUGCCACGAUUCUAAACGGGUUCAACCACAAGAUUCCCCCACCAACCAACCUAUCAGACUUGACAGGAGUAGCGUUCCAAGCCUUCACACAAGAAGUCAAGGACGUUGUGGCUGAACACCUAGAGACGGGAGCAGCAGGACCACUACUUAUGGACUACCCCAGCAACCUGUCUUGA